CAGCAGCAACAGCCAAUUGACAGGCCUGAUCGAUCGAGUAGCGUGAUCGACCAUGGCCACCCUCCAGGCAUCGAUCUUGGCAGUCCUCAGCUUUGCCUUCUUCUGCGGUGCUGCUCUUGCUGCUCGCGACCUGAACGAGGACUCAGCCAUGGUGGCCAGGCAUGAGCAGUGGAUGGCGCAAUACAGCCGCGUCUACAAAGAUGCCGCCGAGAAGGCUCGACGGUUCGAGGUGUUCAAAGCUAAUGUUAAGUUCAUCGAAUCAUUCAAUACAGGUGGGAACCGUAAGUUCUGGCUUGGUAUCAACCAGUUCGCUGACCUCACCAAUGAUGAGUUCAGGACUACCAAGACCAACAAAGGCUUCAAACCUAGCCUCGAUAAGGUCUCUACCGGAUUUAGGUAUGAGAAUGUUAGCGUUGAUGCGAUUCCAGCGACUAUCGACUGGAGGACCAAUGGUGCAGUCACUCCGAUCAAGGAUCAAGGGCAAUGUGGUUGCUGCUGGGCAUUCUCGGCCGUGGCAGCCACAGAAGGUAUCGUGAAAAUUAGCACUGGCAAGCUCAUCUCCCUCUCAGAACAAGAAUUGGUGGAUUGCGAUGUCCAUGGUGAGGAUCAGGGUUGUGAGGGUGGCCUGAUGGACGAUGCAUUCAAGUUUAUCAUCAAGAAUGGAGGCCUAACAACGGAGUCCAACUAUCCAUACACGGCUGCAGAUGGCAAGUGCAAGAGUGGAUCGAAUAGUGCUGCAAACAUCAAGGGCUACGAGGAUGUGCCAACAAACGAUGAGGCUGCCCUGAUGAAGGCCGUGGCAAACCAGCCCGUGUCGGUGGCAGUGGACGGUGGAGACAUGACAUUUCAGUUCUACUCUGGUGGUGUGAUGACUGGAUCAUGUGGUACUGACUUGGACCAUGGGAUUGCAGCCAUUGGUUAUGGGAAGACUAGUGAUGGAACCAAGUAUUGGCUCAUGAAGAACUCAUGGGGCACGACAUGGGGUGAGAAUGGUUACCUGAGAAUGGAGAAGGAUAUUUCAGACAAGAAAGGCAUGUGCGGACUAGCCAUGGAACCUUCCUAUCCCACUGAGUAGGCAAAACCUUCAGAAGCCUUUUAGUUCAUACAUGAACACAUAGACAGAAUAAAUCGGUGCUUCUAUACAUUCUACUACAUAUAUAAAGCUUGUCCAUA